CUACAAUUUCUUCAAAGCUGCAGGUAUAUGCUGGAGGCGCCAAGUAGACCCCAGACGUGUCAAUUUCUCGUUUCCUCAGGCAAACUACUCUGCCCUCUUCACUUCCGUCGCCCACUCUACGCAGGCCUCCGCAGAAACAGCUUCGUUGCCUCACUUCUUCCGAGCAAUUGGUGGAGCAAACGCAUCUCUAAUGGAUUCUCCAGUCUCUUGUUGUAUUUCUUGUUCUUUCUAGUCAUCAGCCGAUGAGGAAUGCCGUUGCGCGCCUCAACCGUCACCGCCUGCUCRCUGCGGCCUGCCGAGAUAUACGCCAUGACAAUGAUUUUGGAAAAUGCAUAUCAUUGGGAUACUUUCAGUAUACUCAAGUUCUGAGGAGACAAGAUGUUUGUCUCCUGUCAAACUUGUUUCACCAAAAGUUAUUUUCUACCAGCUAUUCAAGCGUACAUGGUGAAAGGCCAUCUGCAGAGUAUGCAAAGUUGAGGAAGCAAUUGCUGGAAAGUGAAUUUGGGCAUGCAGUUGGAACUUACGGAUCCAAAAGACUUUCCUCUAUCUAUCACUUUGGUCCAGCUUUGGCGCUAUAUAGAGCAGCAAUUAUUUCAUUCCAUGUAUUGAAGCUAACCAUAUGGCGGUUCUUUGUUAAUGACUUAAAAAAACGUGCUAUUAAGUUUCGAGAAACUCUAAUCAGACUGGGGCCUUUCUAUGUCAAGCUUGGGCAGGCCUUGAGCACGAGGCCAGAUAUAUUGCCAACAGUGUAUUGUCAAGAACUUGCAAGGUUACAGGAUAACAUACCUCCAUUUCCUACUCGCCAAGCAAUCAAAUCUAUUGAGAACCAGUUGGGUCGUCCUGUUUCACAAAUUUUUGCUGAUAUCAGCCCAGAGCCUGUUGCAGCUGCAUCCUUAGGGCAGGUCUAUAAGGCUCACCUGCAUUCUGGAGAGCUUGUAGCUGUCAAAGUACAAAGGCCUGGAAUGUCUCUUUCAUUGACUCUUGAUGCCUUGUUGUUCCAGAUGAUUGGUGGCCAACUAAAACGAUUUGCCAAGGCCCGAAAAGAUUUAUUAGUAGCUGUUAAUGAAAUGGUCAGACACAUGUUUGAUGAAAUCAAUUACAUUCAAGAAGGGAAAAAUGCCGAGCGUUUUUCUUCUCUCUAUGGAUGUCAACCAUGUGACAGUGAGAAGAUGUCUGCAGUCAAGAACACUGUCAAAUAUAAGAAAGCAAACUUUGUUAAAGUCCCCAAAAUAUAUUGGGACUUUACUAGAUCGGCUGUGCUUACCAUGGAAUGGAUUGAUGGAAUAAAGCUUACUGAUGAAACUGGCUUGCAAAAGGCUUAUCUGAAUAGGAGGGAGCUCAUUGAUCAGGGAUUAUAUUGCUCUUUGAGGCAAUUGCUUGAGGUGGGUUUUUUUCAUGCUGAUCCACAUCCAGGAAACCUUGUUGCUACUGAGAAUGGCUCUCUUGCAUAUUUUGAUUUUGGGAUGAUGGGUGAUAUUCCUCGGCAUUACCGUGUUGGACUGAUUCGAGUGCUGGUGCACUUUGUUAAUCGUGACUCGCUUGGUUUGGCAAAUGAUUUUCUUUCUUUGGGAUUCAUUCCUGAAGGCGUUGAUAUCCAAUUGGUUUCUGAUGCACUAAAGGCAUCAUUUGGCGAUGGAAAAAAACUGUCCCAGGAUUUUCAGGGAAUAAUGAACCAGCUGUACAAUGUUAUGUAUGAAUUUAAUUUUUCCCUUCCUCCGGACUAUGCCUUGGUCAUAAGAGCACUAGGAUCACUUGAAGGCACUGCAAAAGUCCUUGAUCCUGAAUUCAAGGUCGUGGAAAGUGCAUAUCCUUUUGUCAUUGGAAGGCUCUUGGAAGAUCCAAGCCCUGAUAUGAGAAGAAUUUUGCGGGAACUCCUCAUCCGUAAUGAUGGAUCCAUUAGGUGGAAUCGGCUUGAGUGCUUAGUUGCAGCCAUUUCUGAACAGGCUUCUGAGCCAAGCGAGGAAUCCUCCAAGGAUAAUUCUUCAAACCCCCUUGGAUGGAAAUCAUUUGACAUGCAAGCUGUUGUCGCAGCAACUGAGGAUCUUUUGCUAUUCGUUCUCUCUAAGAAAGGUUCAAGAGUACGUGUUUUCCUUAUCCGUGACAUCAUUGGAGCAAUUGAUAUUGCUCUGCAGGAUGAAGUUUUUGGAUGCUCAUUGGAUGAGAAGCGCCAGACAAGAUCCACCCCAGAAUCCGAGGAUCAGGCUAUGCUGGGAAGAGUUGUUCACGGGUUCCAGUGUCUCCGUGAAGCAAUCAAAUUAGCACCACAGGUGUGGACCGCUAUGCUGAUUCGCAUGGCAUCAAAGCCUGAGGUUCAUAGGUUCUCUCUGGACGUCAUUUCAAGCAUUAUCAUGCAUCUCGGUAGAAAAAUCCCUGACCAUCUUUGGGUUUGUAUUUCAAGAUUCCUGCACGACUUGGAGAGAGACUACGGUUCUAACAAACUAUGAGGAAAGUUCCUCUCUCUCUCUUUUAAACACUUAUUUGUCUCUCUUCAUAGAUCAUUAGUUUACAUUUUUUAAGAAAUCAAUGAUAAUCGCUAGUAUAGCUCUUAUGGAUCCCUUACAGAAUCUGUAGAUUGUUAAAUUGAGAGCUCAGAGAGUUUUCAAAAUCCUAUAUUGGAUUGCUCCAUAGGUUGGAAGACUUCUUUUAUUUGAAUUUUGGAGGAAAGUUCUAAAUUUAUUAGAAGUGAUUAGUUGAACCAUUAGUAGUGGGCUAGCAAAAUUCUAGCUUUUAUGUAAUCAAUUUAUUUUCGAUAGGUGGACCUCAGUGAUGAUAAAAAAAUAAUCAUUUUAUUGAUUGAACUCUUAAAUGUACAAGUUGUUAUUAUUAUUUGUAGUAAUUCUCUAUAAUUUA